AUGGUCCCUGUUCAGACGGUCCUGAUUGGGGAGACCCAGCUGGUGCUUGUGACUGAGGAGUCCUUUGACGCCCAGUACUAUGUGGCGCACAACAAAUACUAUGAGCAGGUGCUGGUGCCCAAGAGGUCAGAGUUCAAGGGGAAGAUGAUUGAGGUGGAGAUCUACGAGGCCGGCAAACACUUCCUGAAGGGAAGACCGCUGGACGGCUCCGUAGUGUUCACUCCCUCCGUCGCCGAGCCGCUGCAGAAGGGGGAGGUGUCUGGGCUCAGUCAGGAGCAGCUGUCCCUCCAGCAGAAUGGGUGCGUCCCCUCCUCGGGCGUGCUGACUGCAUCCUGGAGCCCCUGGAGCCGGGACAGAGACGGGCUGAAGCUGCUGUCUAUCCGCCUGGCUGUGGUGGCUCUCCUAGUGGUCUUCAUGUGGGAGAAACUCCACUGAGACCACGGGGCUGGAAGACAUGGACCUGGGCCUGUAUUUAUAGAGCGUCUCGGAGGAGGAGUGCUGAUCCAAGAUCAGGGCCCUCCUUCACAAUCAUCCUUAUGUUCUACAAGGCAAAACUGAUCCUAGAUCAGCAUUCAUACACCGAGACUCUUUAUGAAUAAGGGACCUGGAUCAAAUACAUAUGGAAAUGAUUUACAAGUACUUUGUACUGGGCAAACUAAAUCAAGCGUAGCUCGAGUAUUUGAAAGAGUUUGACAUGUUUAUUUGGCCUAUAGGUUUGGUUGAAAUGGGUUUUGGAUGGGUCCUCGUUUAGCUUUAUCUGAGGAAAAACGUCUCAGUCCUUGACAAAGACUGAUGCAUUCUGGAGCUGCAUGUGAGAGUUAGGAAGAGGAGACGAGGGUAGGAAACAAGGACAGGAGAUAAGGAGAGGACAGGUUAAAGUGUGUGAUACUCUGGUUUAAGAUGGUGGAUAUCUUCAAUAAUAAGUAUGUAUUUGUACCACAAUGAAACAGACACAGAUGAACAGGUAUAUUUUUGGUAAUGAGUUUUCAUCACAGUAAAAGCCCCCUCUGUGUCUGUCGUACUGUCUACCACAUUGUGAUUGUUUAUCAAAACUUUUUUUUUGUUUUUGUCUCUCUCUUGUUUCUCUAUUUGUAUUUCUGCUUUUAUGGUUUUCCAUUUUAACGUCAGUCUACUACCGAGUAGAUGGAGACCCCCUUUGUGCCCUGGUCUGAAGUAGUUAGGGAACAGGGUGCUAUUUGGGAUGUAGUGAUGUACAGUGUGAACCUGCAUGUUGUUGGAUUCAUAGCAGUGGAUCAUCUCCUAUCCCAGGGGACUUAUUGUCUGGCCAAAGGUAAUGGGGGGGUGUCUGGCCAAAGGUAGUGCACUAUAUAGAGAAUAGAGUGUCAUUUGGGACACAGACUUGACAGUGUUUUCUCAUCUUUGUUUGCAGGGUAAAGCUAACCUUAAUAAACCUUAAUAAACCACAA